AUGGUACUUCGGUAUACGAGGACACAGAUCAAACUCAUACUUUUCGGCACUGCGGCGUUAAUUCUGUUGGGUUUGCUGGCCACCCUCCAGCCCUGCCAUGGACAGGCGCUGAUAACACCGCUUGACUCACCGCUGCUGACGAGCAAGUACCGAGGUCUGCGCGAGAUCAUGUUCAACUUCAUCGGCCAGACGGGCAACAAUAAGAACAAGUACCUGGUUAACCUGAAAAAGGGCAAAAUUCAAAAACAGUUCGGUCCAGAUGAACCAUUCUUCUGCAAUACGACCGGCAUGCGCAGUCCCACCGUACCGACAUCGGUCGAUAAGUUGCGUCCCGGUGAUAUCGACAUCAUCGGCGCCAUCGGAGACUCGCUGACUGCCGGGAACGGUGCCAUGGCGACAAACAUCCUCGAAGUGCUGAUCGAGAACAAGGGACUCUCGUGGAGUAUCGGCGGACAGGGUACAUGGCGUCAGUUCCUAACGCUUCCGAACAUCCUGAAGGAGUUUAACCCGAAGCUGUAUGGCUAUCCAACCAAGGAUGGCCUCUCCUCUAGGAAAUCGGCACUGUUCAACGCAGCGGAAGGUGGUGCCAUGUCACAGGACAUUCCUUACCAAGCCCGGAAUCUCGUCAAGCGGAUGCUGUCCGAUCGAAAGGUGGACAUCGCCAAUCACUGGAAAAUGAUCACGCUUAUGAUCGGGGGCAAUGAUUUCUGUGCCGAGGUCUGCUAUAUGGCCACGCCGGAGAAGAUACUGCAGUAUCAUGAGAAGAACAUCGUUAGCGCACUGCGUACCUUCCGUGACUAUCUGCCUCGGACAUUCGUCAACUUGGCCGCAAGUCCCAAGGUCGAUGUGCUGGCCAAGUUCAAGAAUAAACCGCAGGAGUGCGUCUCGAUGCAUGUGAUCGAAUGUCCCUGCCUGUUGGCGUCCCGGUUCCGCAAGCAACGCGAGCGCUAUGUCAAGAUAAUCGAGGACUGGAACAUGCUACAGAUGGACAUCGCCGCACGGGAGGAGUUCCACAGCAAGCCCGACUUCACCGUCGUCUAUCAGCCGUUCACGAUGAACCUCACCUUCCCGGAAACGCGCACCGGCGACACGGACUUUACCUACAUGUCGCUGGACUGUUUUCACCUCAGCCAGAAAGGGUACGCCCUGGCCUCGAACGCAUUGUGGAACAAUAUGCUCGAGCCGGUCGGGGGCAAAUCGAUGAACUGGGAGAGGGAGUUCGAGCUGUUCCGGUGUCCCAGCGUGGAUAUGCCGUUCGUGAGGACUCCGGGAAAUAGCUAG